UUGACCGUCUCCAGGGCAACCGAGUGAAGCUCCCUGCCUGUCAAUCAAGACCCAAUGCAGCAGCUGUGUACUUCAGCUCUGAGGAGUCAAGUGUAGCAUCGAUAUAAAGUCUCCGCGUUUGUUCCCUCUAGCAACAUAAACCCCCACUUCUUAUGACUGCCCAGUCAGCCUUCACCGCUGCUGAGGACUGCUCAAUGUGGGACAUGGCGGACAGAAGUCAUGACAGAGCAGAGAGAGAUGCAGGGGACGCUGAUGGGCUUCUUUACACUGAUCUAAAUGAUGACAGCAGCAGUGUGUUUGGGAUGGACCCUCAGCCUCUCAUACUGGACCACUGUGACCUCCUCCUCGAUGCCAUCGAUGCUCAGCUUGGUCAGCUGCAGGUCCAUCCCCCGAAACGUCAGGAAAUUUCCAGAAAGCACGAUUGCAGCGAUGAGGCUCCUCUUAAGUGGAGUCGGUCUCUAAGCAAAGACACAGGCCUUGGAAGCACAACUCAAACAAGUGACACGCCUAUGUCUUGUCUUGAUUUGAUACACAGUCCAAUGAUGGAGCAAAAAUCAGAGAGGAGCACAGGCUGCUGGGGAGACCCUGACAUUCACAAGGAAACUAAAAAGAGGUCAGAGAGAAGGACAAGAGACAAAGAGGAAACUGAGUCUAGGAGGGAGCAGGUCAUGUGGAGACUGGAGAGGCUGCUCGGAGACACCUGUAAUGAGGAUACAAUGACAGCAGAAACACAUCCUCCUUCAGACAGUAUCUGCACUGAGGACUUUGUCAAACGCUUCAGAGAGGAGAUGGUGGAACUGGCACUGCCAGAGGGUAAUAUGCAACAGCUAGACAAAGAAGAAGAGGUCGGGAGGAUCUCUGACAGUGACACUUGCCAGAGUGAACAAAAAGAACAAAGUGUUCUUAAUGUCGAAAGAAAUGUAUCAGCAACAACUGGGAAAAGCAGUAAAGAUACAGUGGCUGCUCAUUAUUCCCAGUCAGACAAGCCAGGUCCACGAAAAGAACUGGAGAAAUGUCUUCCCAACUUUGGAGUAAAUAUAUCACAUAUUAGUGAGAAAGAACCACAGAAGCCUGGUGACGGUAGCAGCAGCUCUCACAAAACAGAGGCUGUAACCGAUCAUGAAAACCUACAGCACAACAACAGCUGUUCUCUUGAGGCCAGGUGCUUGGCAGGAGUACCUGUGAGGAGUUUUGACACUGUGUCCAUUGACAGCGACCUUGACUCAGUCUGCACAGAGCAAGUCAGACAGCACAUUCACAGGCUGCCAGGAUGGCGCUCUCUCAUUCAGUCUGUCACAGGCAUGGAUGAUGAUUUUACCAACCAGAGUGACUAUGACACACCCACACAGGAAGAAAGUGAACCUCAGCUUACAUCAGUCCACAGAUCCUCUGCACAAAACAGAAGUCCUCCUGUUCGUAAGGCUCAUCAUAAAAAGAGAGAGACUUACAGAGUUAAGUAUUUUUUGGAUGACAAUGACAAGGACACAGAUGAGGAAGUUAACCACUGGAGCAGCAGGUACAGGUCUGAGAGGACAUCAGAGAAGACGCAGUCAGACUUGGAAAAGAUGAAAGAGCGGCUUACAAACAUCCGACAAAAAUGUGAGAAAGAGGAGGACACAUUAAGGUUAAAGAGGACUCAGUUAAAAGAUGUUGAGCUCUGCCUCACUGAACUUCAGCAGACAAGAAAGCAUUCCUUGCAGGAAUUAGAGCGACUGACUGCAGAGACAGCACAGAUGGAGAAGGAGAAGCGGACUCUGGAGACUGUUCUGAGUGACAGCAGGGUAGAGAGGGACUCUAUUAGUUGCCAGCUGGAGAAGUUGCAGAGGCAAAAAGAGUCGUGUGUCCAUGAGAUUAAAGACAUGGAAGAUGAGCUUGCAACUCUGAGUCACUGUAAACAGACUUUAAAGGAUGGAUCCUGCAUGAAGAGGGACAGCCCCAUCAUGUCAGUGCUGGAGAGGGAGGAGAUGGAUAGACAGCUGGAUAGUGCAAAAACAGAUCUGUUUGCUGAACAGCGACGUUCAAGAGAGAAGCUAGAGUCCUUGCAAGAGAUAUUAGAGGAGACUCGUGAGGAACUUCAGAGGGCCACAGAGGCAGAGAGCUCAUUGAGGAACAGGUGUGCUUCUCUGGAGAAGAAACUGAUCCAGAAAAAGGAGCAAAUUGAGGCACUUGAGAUUCGAGUAAGCGAGCUGCAGGUUGAACUGGGAGAAUGCAAGAUCAGAGUGGGCACUCUGGAGAAGAUGUUGGCCCAGAAGGAGCUGCAGCUGCUAGAUUUCCAGGAACAGCGUGGGGCCUUACAAGCAGAACGAGAUGAGCUGAAGGGGGAGCUACAACACCUGCAAAGCCAGCACUACAGAGCACUGAAGGAAGCCCAGGAACAAGCCCGAAGGAUGAUGGUUAAUCAACAGGCUGAGGAGGAGAAAGCAAGUGCUUUGAAAGAACAGACUCUGACUCUCACACGAUGCAUUGAGUCCAUGCAAUGCUCCAUUCAGCUAAAAGAAGAAGAAGCAAAGAAGCUGAGGAAAUCUCUGGAGCAGCAGAGGGAGAAGGCAAAGAUCCAUGAAGAGGAGCUGCACAUAGAAGCAUCUGAAAAGGUGUGCAAAGCAAUAAAGGAGGAGAGGAGGAAGUGGGAGACAGAAAAAGUGGAAGCUGUACAGGUGCACUGUGGGAUACUGGAAGAGCAGAACAGAAAGAGCUUGGAGAGCAUGAGGAGUGAGAUGCAGCGAGAGAAGAGUAAAGCACUGGCUCUUCAACAUAAAGUUUUCGAACUAAAAACAAGAGUGCAGGAGUUGGAGUCUGAAAGUUGCACACAGCAGAGAGAGCGGGAAUCUUUGCUGGCUGUUAUUUGCAAAUCACUGAAAGAGGAGCACCAGGCUGAGCUGCAGAGGCUGAAGAAGCAAAUGGCACAGGAGAGUGAGAGGACAGUCCUGCGGCUCGAGCAGGCUGUUCAGCUGGCAGAGAAAGAGGCUGACAAGCUCCAGGUGAUGGUAGAAAAAAAGGAGAGCAGCCAUAACCAAAUCACAGCUGAACUGGACCAGCAGCUCAGGCACUGGGCCCAGGAGCUGGGAGCAGAGUGCCAGCAUCUACACCUCUUAGUGGAACAGAGUGGAGCCAAACAAAGCGCUUUGCAACUACCUGCCAGCUCCACAGUAGCCGAGGCUCUUACAAACCUGAGAGCACUAAGAGAGCAGCUGGAGCACGUGAUUAGCCAUCUCCACCAGGAGCUUGAUUCACAAAAACAAACCACAGAGCAGCUAAAAAAAGACAAGGUGCAAGAAUUGAGCAUCCAGAGGCAACAGCUGAGGAUGGAGAGAGAUCAAGCCUUGGACUCUCUAAAGCAACGUCUCAUUCAGGAGCACAUUGAGGAGUUGAGCAGUCUGAACUGGGCUCAUAUGAGUGAUGGAGGAGCUGAGGGGGGAGGAGCGGCAGCAUCUCUCCGCAAACAGCUGAAGGCUAAAGACCUGGAGCUCAGACAGGUUCAGAGGAGCAUGGCUCAGUGGAAGGAGCAAACUGCAGCGCGUCUCGCAUGCAAGUUUGAGGAGGAGUUGACAGCUGAACUGGAAAGGUGCAAGGCAAAGUUGUUAAGGGGCAGGAAAACAUUGAAGACUCGAGGGGACAGGAAGAGAAAGUCUGAGAGGCCUGAAGGAGAGAUAACAGUUGGUGUAAAAGAAACUCAGAAUUCAGUUUGCUCUCCCUCCCUCCAUGUUGUGGACUCUGCUGCCUCCCACAGCCCCUCAGACGUGGCUUCAUUUAAGCUGCUUCGUUACCUCCAGAGCAGAGUGAAGCAACUCCGUCUGGAAAACCAGGCCUAUACCUGGAGCCCACCUCCUCCAAAUACAGUCCCUUUAGAUUUAUCAGGUUCCUAUCUUACAACAAUCACUCAAGGUCAAGACAGUGCUGGGAUUCAGAGCCAAUCAACAAUCAGGACAGUGUCAAGUUAAACAAAAUGAAACCUUACUCUCUCUUCUCUCUCUCUCUUUCUCUCUUUCUGUGUGUGUGAGUGAAUGAGUGAAUGAAUGAACACCAGUGAUAUAAUGUUCUUAAAAUUGGAGUCUCAAGCAUUUUGUGGUAUUUUUGUAUGCCAUAAAGAUGAAACAUUUACUGUCAAGUGUGCUUAACAGAUAACAGAUUAACGAGCAGGUCACAGUGACAAAUGACACGACUGAAGAUCUGGUCAUCAUGUUCACAUUCCUCUGUGUUAAAGCUGUCAGAUUUUAUGGCUUAAGGUUACAGUGAACUGUGAAUGAGUGAUGAACUGACGUCUCACUGGAGACUGAAUAUCAUGUGAGUUAUGUCAAAUAACACCAUAAAGCUGAUGACAGGUCUUUGUGGGAAUCCCUUGUAUAAUCAUAAAUGUUACAUGAUGUUUAAUUGAACAAUAAAAAAAGUUCUGUUUCUUUCAGGUAAGGUCAGAAUUAAUUGUCAGUAGCAUUGUCUUCAAACAUCUUCAAUCAACUUUGUGAAAAUGUAUAAUGUUAAUGUAAAACUAGAACUGUUCUGCCGACCAGUUCAGUUGCAGUUAAUUAGCAUGUGAAUUCUUCAUCGACUGUACAUAAAUGUAAUAUAUAUAGAAACAAACUCAAAAUAAGCAAUACCAUGUUUGGGACAUUUAAAAUUUUACAUUUUAACCUAUUAUAGUGUAUAGUGUAUUUAUUCUUCCCUGAAAUAACGAAUUCUUAAGG